AUGCCCUGGCCAGAGCCUGUUGUAUCUGCGCGAUCCAUUGUUUUGGAUCUCCCUCCAAGUUGUAUCGAGUUCUGUCCUGCACAUCCCUCAUACUUCCUGGUUGGCACGUAUAACCUCAUCAAAGACAUCCCGGACACAGAGAGCCGAGCAUCGCAAGACAAGAAGGACAAUGAUCCAGAAGACUCGGAUACCGUCUCCAAGAAGACACAGAAUCGCAACGGCACCAUCUUGGUGUUUCAGCUUCAGGAUGAUGAAAUAAAACACGUGCAGACUGUGGAUCAGCCAUCGGCGCUCUUGGACCUUCACUUCCAAACAGUCGAGGGCCGAAAUGAUAUCUGUGGCGUGGUGUCGAGCACAGGAUACCUAUCUACUUUCCAGCUUUCGCCUAUAGCAUCGUCGCCGCAGCCACUGCAACAAGUGAGCACCGUGCGGAUACCAGACGUUGGCGAAGAGGUUUUAUUCCUCUCCCUGGCAUGGCAUCCAACGGACCCAGAUCUCGUUGCCAUCACGACUUCCACGAACGAUGUCUACCUGCUCAGGCUGAACCCUGCGCACACAACAUUCGUUGCGGGCUUGCAACCCAUCAUCUCGCAUGACCUGGAGGCAUGGACCGUGUCCCUAUCCUCGCCGCUCUUGCGCAUCAACCCCGAGACGCCCGCCAAUCAAGCCGACUGGUUCACGCUUUACUCGGGCGGCGACGAUUCCACCCUUAGGUUCACCUCUUGCCAAGUAGAGAAGCAGAACGAUGGUGAUGCGGCCGCGGCCACGCCCUAUGCACCGGUCAAAGUGCCCGGUCAUACGGCGGGGGUCACGGCAAUUCUGCCUGUGGACGUGAUGUUCCGAGACGGCUCCAGCCUUGUCAUCACCGGGAGCUACGAUGACCACCUGAGAGCAUAUGCAAUACAGCCCCUGCAUGAAACCUAUGGCAUGCGCAAAUCAAAACUCCUCACGGAGAUCAACUUGGGAGGCGGAGUGUGGCGGCUCAAGCUCAUUGGCACUCGUUCGGACACGGACGGGCGGUGGACAGCGAGGAUACUCGCCUCGUGCAUGCAUGCUGGAGCGAGAGUGGUGGAGCUGUCGGGAGGUUCGGAGCCUGCGUGUGGGAUUGAGGUGCUUGCUCGGUUCGAGGAGCACAAGAGCAUGAACUAUGGCAGCGAUUUCCAUGUUGACGAGGCAAGUCCUGGCCAGCUGUCCUCCAUUGGCGACUUUGCAUCCUUUCACCCCUCGAGUCCCCUCCCGCCACUUUAUCCCGAGCUUCUCGAUUCUCAAAGAUGGAGCGUUGAACCAUUGCGGGAAUCUGAAUUCAACUUCUCGCUCGUUCAGUCACCCGCCAAGGCGCCCUCCCCAGUCACUCUCUUCCCGCCAGCCCCUGGCACAUCGCUCAAAUCGAUCAACAUGGCGCCAAAGCAGAGAGAGAGGACCUAUCCUCUCAUGUCGAGGAGGCAGGUCGAGGGCCUCAUUGCAGAUGGACGCAAGAUUGUGAUUAUCAACCAAUUCGUUGUCAAGGUCGAUGCCUGGGUUCCGUAUCACCCAGGCGGUGAAAAGGCCAUCCAGCACAUGGUGGGCAGAGAUGCCACCGAUGAGUUCCAAGCCUUCCACAGCGUCGAGUCACAGCGCCUGGCCGAAAAGUACCGGGUUGGCCGGAUUGAGGGCCGUUGGACCAACUUCGUCCCGCCCAUCCAGGGAGGAGUCUUUCGGCCGUUGCCCACUGCGAGCGACGAGCUACAGGAAGUGUUAUUGGAGCGGGAGAAUAAUAAGAAAAACAUCACAACGGCCUCGAGCGCGGCGAGCUCAAGAGCACCGUCGCCCACGUUUGAUCUGCCCGAGCCUGGCGUGCACCAGCGCAAGGGGGGAAAGGUCGCACAGCGGGCCUCGUCUGCGUCGUCGGUCUCCUCAGUCGAGGAUUUCGGAGAGGCGAAAGAGCCGUCCAUGUCCUUCCUCGACGUCAAGACCAUGAAGGAGGUCAAGCUCGACCUGGAAAGGUACCCGUCCCUGGACGACGCCGUGCAAGACAACAUCGUGAGGAAGUACCGGGAGCUGCACAGGCGGCUCGAGGCAGAAGGGCUCUUCGACUGCAAUUAUUCUUCCUACGCCAUCGAGUGCUGCCGCUACUUUCUGUUUGCCGCCGGUGCGUUUGUCUUUUUGCGUCUGGGUUGGUACGUGACCAGCGCGGUCUUCCUCGGCUGCCUUUGGCAUCAGCUCUCCUUCACGGUCCACGACGCCGCGCACAUGGGCAUCACGCACAAUUUCCACAUUGACUGGAUCAUUGGCAUCGCCUGUGCCGACUACAUCGGCGGUCUCUCCGUCGGGUGGUGGAAGCGCAAUCACAACGUUCAUCAUAUCAUCACCAAUGAUAUAGAGCAUGACCCGGACAUCCAACACAUGCCCUUCUUUGCCAUUUCGCACCGCUUCCUCCACUCCCUUCGCUCUUCCUACUAUGAGCGUGUCAUGGAGUAUGACGCCUUUGCCAAGCUCAUGCUCUCAAUCCAGCACUACUCCUACUACAUCCUGCUCCUCUUUGGCCGAUUCAACCUUAUCCGCCUUUCCUGGGAGUACCUCAUCCUCGGCCUGGGCCCCAAACGCGGCAUCGCCCGCCACUACCGCUGGGUCGAGAUUGCCGGGCAGUUUUUCUUUUGGUACUGGUUCGGCUACGGCUUGCUGUACCGCAGCAUCGAUACCAACUGGCAUCGCUUCCUCUACUUCCUUGUGGCUUCGAUGGUCACCAUGCCCCUGCACCUGCAGAUCACCCUCUCCCACUUCGCCAUGAGCACGGCCGACCUCGGGCCCCAGGAAUCCUACCCGCAAAAGAUGCUUCGGACCACCAUGGACGUGGACUGCCCCCAGUGGCUCGACUUCUUCCACGGGGGGCUGCAGUUCCAGGCGAUCCACCACCUGUAUCCGCGCAUGCCGAGGCACAACCUCCGGCGCGCGCAAAAACUGGUGCAGGAGUUCUGUGACGAGGUCGACAUCCCGUACGCCCUGUUCGGGUUCGUGGACGGCAACAAGCAAGUGAUCGGCAGGCUGGCCGACGUCGCGAGGCAGGGCCGCAUCUUGGCCGAGUGCCAAAAGGCGCUGACGGCGAGCGGGGAUCCGCUCCAUGCCCACUAG